AUGAUAGUAACAAAAAUAAUACUAUUAACAACAGUAAUAGGCUAUAUCACAGCAUUUCCGUCUGGUGCCCCGGCCAACAUUUGUGGACGAUAUGUGCCCGGGGGUCACAGAAAUAUGGGGACGCCUAUUGCUAACGGCCCAAGAACGGGACCCUACUCGGUAGCAGUGACCCCGGCCGGAAAUGGCGUGUACACAGUGACGUUAAGUGCGACUUCCAACCAGCCUUUCCGGGGAUUCGUCCUCCAGGCGAUGCAGUCAUGGAAACAACUUCCGGACGGCCCAUCCGACAUUGUGGGAGUAUUCCAGCCUGAUUUCCAAUCCAGACAGUCACAGAUGCGCAGUUGCGGCGGUAUGGGCGGAAGUAACGUGCUUACACAUACAUCACGUGACGACAAGACCCAGAUGACUGUCAGUUGGCAAGCACCUGCCAACCUGCCCGAUCCAAACGUGAAAUUUGUUGCCACUGUUGUACAGAACUACGACAAUUUUUACGUCGUUCACUCUGAUCCAAUUAACAUACAAGGACAAGGUCAAGGACAGACUACCUUUGCUACGCAGGGACCUUCUACUACAGGGGAACAGGGUGCCAAUGGAUUUGUUAUGCCGGGAACCACACAAACAGACAAUCAAACAGCCGGACAAACCGGAAGUACAACUGGCGCCACUGGCAACACCGGCUUUGGUGGAUUCUCUUCGUUCACUGGAUAUCUGGGAUAUUUCGUAGUUAAGAGCCUGGAGGAAUCUACAGUGGAGAUAAAGAGCGAAGAGUGUCACCUGCGGGAACCAUCGUUUAUCCGGAACGUCCUUCCGGUGCUGCAGGACCCGUCUUCCCAUGGAAGCUCAUGA